GAUGCGCUCAGUACUGAACUUAAAAUUCUUCUCUCCACUUUUUUAAUCGACCCAACUUCAAGCGCCAUUAAAGGCACAGUCCCCAACUACACUCGGCUUCCAUCUCGGCCAAAUCUCUUUUGCCUCCUGCAUUUUUGAUUUUGGAUUCAUCUCCUUGGCGAAAGGAAAAAAAAUCUCACCUCUUUCUUGAGGAAGAUCUAAGCCCUUGGCCUUUUAUCUUUGGCGCUCACUCACUUGGUCACUCUUCCGCUUCGAUUUUCACUCGAGUAUGCUUCUAAAGCUGGUAACACUCUUCUUUCUCCUCCUAGUGCACUAUGCUAUGGGAGAGGAGACGUGUUUGGGGUUCGUGCCAAUGAAGAUGAGGGCGGAGACGAUAUCGCUUGUGGAUUAUGGAGGAGUUGGAGACGGACAAACGCUGAAUACGAAGGCGUUCAAGGAGGCGAUCUAUCGGAUCGAGCACCUGAAUCGUCCUGGCGGCACGCUUCUCUAUGUUCCCGCCGGGGUCUGGCUCACAGGACCCUUUAAUCUCACUAGCCACAUGACGCUCUUUCUCGCCAAGGGUGCGGUCAUUAAAGCCACACAGGAUGCUGCUAGCUGGCCUUUGAUUGAUCCUUUGCCAUCUUAUGGGAGAGGCCGAGAGAAACCGGGUGGCAGAUUUUCGAGUUUGAUUCACGGAGAUGGGCUUAAUGAUGUCAUUAUAACUGGUGAAAAUGGGACAAUAGAUGGACAAGGUGAUGUAUGGUGGAAUAUGUGGAGACAAGGAACACUCCCGUUCACCAGACCGCAUCUCUUGGAAUUCAUGCACACUUCUGAGAUCAUUAUCUCUAAUGUGGUCUUGCAGAAUUCACCUUUCUGGAACAUGCACCCAGUUUAUUGCAGCAACGUGGUGAUAAAUAAUGUAACCAUAUUGGCUCCUCGUGACUCUCCAAACACUGAUGGAAUUGAUCCAGAUUCCAGCUCCAAUAUAUGCAUUGAAGACAACUACAUCUCAACCGGAGAUGAUCUCGUAGCGGUAAAGAGCGGAUGGGAUGAGUACGGAAUUGCCUAUGGCCGCCCCAGCUCCGGCAUCACUAUUCGACGACUAACCGGCUCUUCUCCAUUUGCCGGAGUCGCAGUGGGGAGUGAAACAUCCGGCGGGGUUGAGAACGUCAGCAUCGAGCAUAUAACCCUCGACAACACGGGCAUUGGAAUCCACAUAAAGACUAAUGAAGGAAGAGGCGGCUACAUCAGAAACAUAACGGUUACAAAUGUUAACAUGCAUGUGGUUCGAAUGGGGAUUAAAAUUGCUGGUGAUGUAGGCGACCAUCCUGACGAGAAGUUUGAUCCGAAGGCUGUUCCAGUGGUGGAUGGAUUGACGUUGAAGGGAAUUUGGGGAGAUAAUGUACAGAUGCCUGGCUUGAUACAUGGGCUUAAGAGCUCAUCCUUUACCAGGAUUUGUCUUUAUGAUAUUAAGUUUGAGAUUGUUGGGGGGCGGGAAGUGCCAUGGAAGUGUGCGGAUGUGAGUGGUUCUGCGUCGGAUGUGGAGCCGUUGGCGUGUACGGAGCUGGCCAGUCCUUAUGGGCCUAAUUUCUGUGCAAAUGCCGUAUGAUAUAAGUUUAUUUGACUUUGUUGAUGAAUUCGAUACUUGAGAGGUGAAUUAGAAGUGUCAUUGUUGAGAGCUUUCUUUUGUUUAUAUGGUUUUAUCAUCAUUUAUUUUAUGCUAAGCAUUUGAUGCUGGUUGUUA